AUGAGUGCAGGCUGGGAGGGAUGCUUGGAGAGAGGCAACUCAGUCCUUGAACCUCCCUGUCCCUGUCCCCAGACAGCAGCAACGAUGGCAACACUCUACCCCUCCCUGGAGGACAUGAAGGGCCACCAGGUCCUGCAGGCGCAGGCAGCAGCCGGGGUGAGGACCCCUGCCACCACAGUGGUCACAGAGAAGCCAAAGCUCACCUCAGGCACUGAGCCUCCUGUGCUGUACCCCAACCUAGCCGAGCUGGAGAACUACAUGGGGCUGGCGCUCUCCAGCGAGGAGAUCCAGAAGAACCUGCGCACCGAGGACAGCACCGCACUGACCCCCGUCGGGCCCUCCCCAGGCCAGCUGGUCGCCCCCCUGAGCGGGAACAGCGCGGGGCUGCGGCGGGCAGAGAUCAAGCCGGGGGUGCGGGAGAUCCACCUCUGCAAGGACGAGCGGGGCAAGACGGGGCUGCAGCUGAAGAACGUGGACCAGGGCAUCUUCGUGCAGCUGGUGAAGGCCAACUCGCCAGCAGCGCUGGUGGGGCUGCGCUUCGGGGACCAGGUGCUGCAGAUCGACGGCAAGAACUGCGCGGGCUGGAGCAGUGACAAGGCACAGCGCGCGCUGAAGAAGGCAAACCCCGAAAAAAUCGUCAUGGUGGUGCGGGACAGGCCUUUCCAGCGCACCGUGACCGUGCACAAGGACAGCACCGGCCACAUCGGCAUCGUGGUGAAGAAGGGGAAGAUUGUGUCCCUGGCCAAGGACAGCUCGGCCGCCCGCAACGGGCUCCUCACCCACCACUGCAUCUGCGAGGUGAACGGCCAGAACGUCAUCGGCAUGAAGGAUAAGCAGCUCACGGAGGUGCUGGCAGGGGCUGGGAAUGUGGUGACACUGACCAUCAUCCCCACUGUGAUCUACGAGCACAUGGUCAAACGGCUCUCAUCAGGACUGGUGAAGUCGUCCAUGGACCACUCCAUCCCUGACCUGUGACACCAUCGCUGCUGUUCUGGGAGCUGAUGCUGGAAGCCCAGAGGGCCUGCUGAGAGGACCCCACAGC